AAAGAAAAAUACUUAGGGAGUUGAAGGCUGUUAAAAAGAGUUAAAGCCAUUAUGAGUUGCCAGAAUGCUACCCUUGCGUUGAACAAAGGAUCCCAGCCCGGGCCAGAGAACCCAGAGAGAAUUUCACAAGGUGCAACUGCAGGGGAAGAUGCCUGCAUAGCCCUGCUUGAAAACCAACUCAGCCUGGGCGACUUUGUCCAAAUACAAAGAGUCUUUGAGCCCUCAGAGCCAAGUCAAACCAUUUGUAUGUCCAGAGAAGAGUUUGUGCAGAGGAUGACAGAGAUUGUUGGUUGGGGCACAAAGGAAGAAUAUGGAGAGCUCUUUGAUAAAGUGGAUGUGGCCCAAGAUGGCUGUAUUAACUGGGACAAGCUGACUUCAUUUAUGCUGUUAACACUUUAUGAGAAAGAUGAACAAGCAAAGGCAAUGGUGGUUCCCCAGUGGAAAGACCUUGAAUUCCUCCCAGUGAAACACAAGGACACCAUUCAAAAAGUAAUUUUCUUAAAAAGUUCAAGUCGUUAUCUGAUCAUCAGGAAGGAAGGUUUAGUAGGAAUCUGGGGAGAGAAUUUAAAGCUGCAAGAAAUGCUUCCCGUCACUUCAGAUGCCAACAAUCUUAAACGCCUGUGGCUGACAAGUAUGGCUUCUCUGGAAAAUGUAAACAAGAUAGCGGUGGCUUUUACAAGAAAAGAGACUUGUUUCUAUGAUCUGCUGUCCAAAGAAGAAUUUCCUUGUCAAUAUAAACUCCAAGGCCUGAAAGGAACACCAAUUUGCAUGGAUUAUUGGUACGACCCUUUUGAUGCCAAUGAGUCAAUUCUUUCUCUUGGGGACAUAACCGGAAAGGUUCAAGUAAUUGCUUUCACAACGGCCUUGAUUUCCCUUUUUGAGCAUCCUGCUGGUGCAUGUGAAGAUGAAGAAGCAACCGUGACCAUUAACUGGGGAGAGCUGUGCUCUGGACAUCACAAAUGUUGCUAUACGUUAGGGCACAAACUUCAUUGUGGAGACUGGGUCAGACAAGUUACUUACAAUGCGUCCUUAGAUGCUAUUAUUUCCAGUACAACCAACAAUACAAACACUGUGGUGCUGGCAUGGAGAGAGAAAUCAAAAAAGCAUCUUAAAAUGACAUCCUUCAACAUUGCCCAGGGCAUUCACGCUUUUGAUUACCACUCUCGGCUCAAUUUAAUUGCAACUGCUGGCUUUAACAAUAAAGUUUGCCUUUGGAACCCCUAUGUUGUCUCUAAGCCGGUUGGUGUCCUUUGGGGUCACUCAGCCAGUGUAAUAGCUGUCCAAUUCUUUGCUGCAAGAAAACAACUCUUCAUCUUCUCCAAAGAUAAAGUUUUGAGACUCUGGGAUAUUCAGCACCAGUUAUCCCUCCAGAGGAUAGCUUGUUCUUUCUCUAAAAGUCAGGACUUCAGAUGUCUCUUCCACUUUGAUGAAGCCCACGGACGACUUUUCAUCUCAUUUAAUAACCAGCUAGCAUUGCUGGCAAUGAAAAGUGAUUCCAGCAAGAGGGUGAAAAGCCACAAGAAAGCAGUCACUUGUGUGCUUUACAAUUCAGUCUUGAAGCAGGUAAUGAGUUCUGAUGUGGGGUCGACUGUUUCCUUCUGGAUGAUAGACACUGGGCAGAAAAUCAAACAGUUUACUGGUUGCCAUGGCAACGCAGAAAUCAGCACAAUGGGCCUCGAUGCAAAUGAGACACGGCUUUUGACUGGCAGCACAGAUGGGACUGUAAAGGUCUGGGACCUCAAUGGCUAUUGUCACCACACACUAAAUGUUGGGCACGAGGGAGCUGUGGAUAUUUCACACAUCCUGGUUCUUAAGAAGACAAUCCUGGUUACAGGCUGGGACAGGUAUGGUGCUUCAUGGAAAACUGUAGGAAGUAAAAACUUCAAUCAGUUUUUCAUCCAGCCUGAAGAAUGGAAGGGAGGAGCACACUGUAAUGAUAUCUUACGUACUGCAUUUUUACCUCCACAAAUUCUUGUUACAGGGAGUUAUGAUGGAGAAACUGUUCUGUGGAACAAUAGCACAGAAAAUGCUCACUAUGUCCUUCACCCUGAUUAUCAGCGGCUGCUAAAAUCAAAAUCGGAUACAGAGCCUCAAAAGCUUCCUGGUGCUGGGAAGAGCUGCCCCACCCACCCCACGGCUGACCAGGCUACUCUGGGAGCCUGUUCCUUUGAGACGGACACUGAGUGCAAUAAUGCUGUUAUGAGGCUUUGCUUCCUUGAAGCAAGAAAAAACAUUGCAGCCACAGGGGGAGCCAACCUGGUGUCAUGUGGAGGAUCUGGGUAUGUCAGGUUCUGGGAUACAUUUAAGAAGCACCUUCUGGCUGAAUUUUUGGCUCAUAACGUUGUUGGUUCCAUUAUUGUGUCUAUUGAUAAGUCAAAUUGAUACCUCGCCGCAGGAGAUCUUGAGGGGUGUUUGAAAAUCUGGAAUACAGAGGAGUACUGUCUUAAUUCCAGUAAGAACAAACUCACAGAGGCCGCAACUCUGAUAAGAUCAUUCUGACCUCAUGAAGACUGGAUAAGUUUCGUAGAGAUGUGUGAGCUGGGCGGCCGCUUACUGGUUCUCUCCGCCUCUGCAGACUGCAGCAUUUGUGUGACUGAUGUCUGUGGUGCUCCUGUCCAGAUCUUUGGUCAGGCAAAGCAUUGGCAACUUCAGAACUGUUCCCUUCUUAAAAGAAAUACUAAUUUAAUGGAAGAUAAGAUUCAAGAGAAAAGCAUAAAGGAAAUUCCUUUGAUUUCUAAGGAGGAAUCAUGGUUAGACCCAUCGAAACAUUCUCUACUUGAUAAGAAAAACAAAGAGUCAACAUACAAUGUCAGACCAUCAGAAGUUAUAAAUUGGUAUGAAUAUAAGGAAAGAAAUGUUUAUAAGAAAAAAACACAUAACCUUUACAAUGGUGAAGUUAUAAAAAAAUCAUUACGCGGUUUUAGGUCAUUAAGCAUUGGAAACUUGAAAGAACUACCUGAAGUGAAUAAACCAGCUUUUCUUCUAGACCCUGAGAAAUACUUUAGGGAAGAGCCAGAGGAGGAAUGUCCCCAAAUUCCAGAGCUUCCAUCACUUUCUGAAACAUUGAAAGCAGUAUUUGAUGAGAAAAGCCUAUUUCCCAAAGAAAUUCUGGAUCGUGAAUGAAGAACCAGGCAAUUAUGUCAAGACACAAGUCUUCACAAGUGA